UUGUGUAGACAUUCCAGUCUGAUUGGCUUAGCUGCUGGCCUCCGUCCCGAAGAGCGUCUGUAUAAAAACUCCCCAAGUGGUGAAACUCAGAGACAGACAGCAAACAAAGCUCAAGGAGACUUUCAGAGGACUAACAGGAAAUAACAAUUCUCUUCGAAGUGCUGCAACUGAAAGUGUCUGAAAAUGUGCAAAGGAUUAGCUGCAUUACCUCAAACCUGUCUUGAAAGGGCCAAAGAGAUCAAGACAAAGUUGGGAGUUUUGCUUCAGAAGCCUGAUAAUGCUAUCGACCUCAUCAUCCCAUACCCGGAGAAGGUUGACAAGAAGCCGGAGAAGCUGCAAAAGCCUACUCCUGAGGAGGCUGCUCAGUGGCGUGAUAGUCUGGAACGAGUCCUGAACAACAGCUACGGCCUGGCUUCUUUCCGCAGUUUCCUUCAGUCUGAGUUCAGUGAUGAAAACAUCGAGUUCUGGAUGGCCUGUGAGGACUUCAAGAAGACAAAGAAUCCUAUGAAGAUGGCUGCCAAGGCCAAAAAGAUCUAUGAAGACUUCAUCCAGUCAGAGGGACCCCGAGAGGUGAACAUUGACCACUUCACCAAGGAUGUGACCCUGAGGAACCUGGUUGCUUUGUCAUCUUCUACCUUUGAUCUGGCUCAAAAGAGAAUUUAUGCCCUGAUGGAGAAAGACUCCUUUGGUCGUUUCCUCCGUUCUGACCUGUACCAGGAGCUUCUGGUCAACUAAGCCAAUAAAGAGUCCAGGAAGGUGGGGAGGUUUCAAACAGCAGCUGAUUUGUAAAAAUGAAACCAAAUUCACACAUUUUAUUCAAGCAAAUGUCUAUAAAGCACUCCUCCAUAGGACUGAGUAAAGAAUUUAACUACUCUCAAAAUUAGGUUUCAAAAUUUGGUUCUAAAAUUAUAUAAAAUGACAAACUGCAUCUUGAAACAGCCCCAUCUUUCCACAUAACACAUGUUCCUGAUUUUCAAUCUGAACUAGAGAUUUUGGGGAAGCUGAUUUAACCUGUUGCUGUUAAAGAUUCCCCUGGUAUAUAUCUCCUCACAAUUCAAAGUAACUGAAACAAAAAAAUGUUAGAAAGCAGGAAUAUUUUCAUUUUUCAAUUUGCUCCUUUAAUUUGGGAUGAGAAAACUUCUGAAUACACAAAAAAAAAAAACAUAUGUUACAUCUGUCAAAAUGUAUGAGAUGUUUCAAAAGUUGCUUUGCCACAAAACCAUCAAUUUUACCUUAGAACUUUAAGUUCUAAGACUUUCUACAUCAGUUACUUUGUUUAUUUCCAUCCAUCCAUCCAUUUUCUAUUCGCCCUUUGUCCCUGUUUGUAAACAUUUAUAAAAAAAUUAAACGAUGACGAUGGCUUAAUCUUAUAAGGAAAUAGUUGCAACUUCAACUAAGCCUUGAGAUUGUUAUUUGGUCUAAUUUCAGAGCAAAUAAUUAAUAAAAUAAGUAAUUUCACAAAAAAGACUAUAAGCAUGCAAAUUGACAAACCUUAUUAUUUUCAUUCUUACUGACCAACAAAAUUCUUCUUAAGAGAAGAUGGCCAGUCUUUAUGAGAAAAAUGCAUUAAAAGUUUUCUAAAAAUGAAAGUAAGACUCCUGCUUAUGUGAUUUUAACAAGAAGACUCAGUAAACACAUAUGUUACAUAUAUUUUAGUGUCUAGGAGAGAAAUUAGUCAUUUAUCUACAAGAAAGACAUGCAAAGGAAGCUGUUGCAAGUCAAGAGCAAAAAUAUUUAAAGUCCUUUGUCAUCAUAAUUUACUUAUAAGUAUGAAGCUGUAUCAGUGCACAAAUAUGGAUAUUUCUGUUUCUCCACAUAACUGUUUCACAUUUCCGUUAUUAGCACACUUGGAAUAUUACCAAACCCACCUUUUAGUUGUAAUUCCUCCUGUGGGAGCAAUUCAUGAGAAGAGUGCUGACUAGCUGGCUCAGUGGUGCAACCCUGAGGUUGCCUCUAAAAUGCAAGUUGUUAAGAUGGAAAACCACAUAGGAGGGAAUCUCAAUUUUAUAAAUGGAAUACACAGAGUUGUGGGUUCAUAUGAAGAAAGUUAUUUUAAUUUUCCCAUGUGAAAAAACUAAAGUUUACUGAAAGUAUGCAUGCCAGGUUCCUAAAAGGUCCAGUUAAUAAAAAACAUGGGAGAAGGAACUUAAAGGUAUGCAGCACUUAAGAAUGCCAUACUAUGUAGGCAAUUAUAUUUGCAAAUCCACUUAUUACAAGUUAACUUUAAGACUCAAAUGAAUAUCCACAGGAGAAACAUUAUAAAAAAUACAACUCCUGUAGUUUUUUUAUUUUAUUUUUUACAAUUAUCUCCAUCAUACAGCAUUUAAACCACAAGUUAACAAUGUUUUUAAGCCACAAGAAAUCAUAAAUCACCCAGGUACACUUGGUCAAGAUAACCUGAUAUAAUGGAGAGGUUGUUCUAAGAGUGCAAUGUUUAAGUGUAAUGUGUUUUGCAAUGAGUUGAUUAUUGACAAAUGUAUUCAUCAUUAAGUGUGAUUAUAUGUACUCUUUUUUUCCUUUUAAAUUUAGAAAUCAUUAUAUUUUAACCACCACUGAAAACAAAUCAAUAUUUGAUAUAUUCAGCAUUUUAAGCCCUUACCAUGCCAAUACAGCUCACUAAUUUCAGAUGGUAUAUUUUUAAAAAUAUUUUCCAGUCAUUAACUGAAUUUUAAACUUCCUAUAUUCUGCAUUAGAUGACAAGUACAACAAUUAUCCAAUCAUUUUGGAGAGAAUUGACUGUAGGGUGUAUAGGGGCACAGAUUGACCAUUCUGGUGUCAGAACCCUAGAAGUACAAGCAGAGAAAUCAUUGGAAUAUCAUAAAAUAUAUAUUGUAAGAGCUUUAAUAAUGCUGAAUAUAUGUAAUUGCAUGUAGCCUUGCAUGUAUGUUUUGUAGUGGAUCACAUAAAAUAUAUACAAUGCAUACAAUUGUUGAAGAUGUAUUUAUUUAUAUUUGUAAAUAUCUAUCUAAGUUAUUCUAAAUAUAACAAUGGAGUCAA